AUGGCCUCGUCAAUCACAAUCAAGAACGUGGCGCUUGCCGGGGCAACCGGUAAUGUGGGAUCUCGUGUCCUCACGGCGUUGGUUGAUCUUGGAUUCAAUGUCACAGUGCUGAACCGGAGCGCUAAAGCCCCGCAGACCGCUGUUACGGAGAAAGUCAUCGACUUCAGCUCAAUGGAAUCCAUUUCAGCUGCAGUCAAGGGCCAGGAUGCGGUUAUUGAUACCACAAAUUCGGACGACAUCGAGACGUCCCUGCGCCUCAUAGCUGCGGCCGCCGCUAAUGGGGUUUAUCGCUUUAUUACCAGUGAUUUUGGCCUCGAUCCAGACCUACCAGGAGUUCAUGAAAUGCCCGUUUUCGGGAGGAAAAAGGCCUUUUACGACGCUGUUAAAAAGUCCACUGAGUCGGGUAUGACUUAUACAGUGAUAGCUUGCGGGCCCUUUCUUGACUGGUGUCUUGCAUCUGGCUUCGCUGGUAUUAUUUUGAAAGACAAAAUCGCCACGAUCUUUGAUGACGGAGCGAACAUCGUUCCGUGGACUACCUUAGAGGAUGUCGGAAAAGCCACAGCCGGAGCCCUGCUCAAGCCAAACGAGACCCGCAAUCGGCCGGUUUACGUGCACAGUGUUUAUAUGUCACAGAUGCAACUUCUGAAUAUGGCUAAGGAGGUUCUCGGGGAUGGUGGCUGGAGAACAACAUACCAGGAUAUGAAGCCUCUAUUCGACCAAUCCAUGGAGGAUUUGCGGUCAGGAAACAUUACGCCCAUGACUUUUGGGGUCCAGAUACAGUAUUGCAUAGCCACCCCUGCCCUCGCUCAUCCCUGGAAACGGGACGAUAAUGGACUUGUGGGGGUAAAAGAAAGAACGCCUGAGGAGGUAAAGGAGCUCAUAUCUAGCCUUGCCCCUCGGUAA